UAUUCUGACGCUGCACGACCGUGCUGCAUUGCUAGGUUCUCCGCACCUGGGGAUCUGACUGUGGUGGCUCAUGCGCCCGCGUAUAUCGGCAAGUCGUGUUGAAGGAAGCGAAGAGGCAUGCUCGCUGUGUUGUGCAACACAACAGCUGUCUCUUUCGUCGUGACCCCCAAUCGGCUGUGCUAAGCGCGGUUGGCUUGGGCGAACGAUGUUACGGCAGGAUCAUUCAUCAAGCUCCAACAGCUGUUGCAGACCAGGAGCUUAAGCGCCUAGCUGGGCAACCGCCUGAGUUUCCCAGGGCCAUUCCCUGUCGCGGACAGACCUCAGCAGUCACCCCGUUGUGGCGUGAGCUCCCCUGCUCCAGUAUUCCCAGCUCCAGGCACACGUAGGAUCUCACUCAUCAAACAAUCCCCCUCAGAACCGUUGACCAAUGCUAGGAGGAUGUGAAAGCUCCAGGUUUCCGAAGCACCUGACAUGUGCGGGGAGUGGGUAUUGAUAUACGGCCAGUGAGCCCGCUCUCGAAGGGAAGAAAGAGAGCAUCAGGAUCCCACUCCUCGAUCUCACUCUCUCCGACAUAUCCCAAAACGAAACCUUUGAAAGUCCAUUGAAAGAAAGAGACGCCAUUCAAGAUGACGAUCCCAGACGAGGUUGAUAUCAUCGUGUGCGGUGGAGGAUCAUGCGGUUGCGUCGUUGCUGGCCGUCUGGCCAACUUGGACCACAAGCUUCAGGUGCUGCUCAUCGAGGCCGGUGAGAGCAACUUGAACAACCCAUGGGUUUUCCGCCCAGGUAUCUUCCCACGCAACAUGAAGUUGGACAGCAAGACUGCCACUUUCUACUACUCGCGUCCAUCCGAAUGGCUCUCUGGCCGUCGUGCAAUCGUUCCUUGCGCCCACAUUCUUGGUGGUGGUUCCUCGAUCAACUUCAUGAUGUACACUCGUGCAUCCGCCUCAGAUUACGAUGACUUCCAAGCCAAGGGCUGGACCACCAAGGAGCUCAUUCCUUUGAUGAAGAAGCACGAGACAUAUCAACGUGCCUGCAACAACCGCGACUUGCACGGAUUCGAUGGACCUAUCAAGGUUUCUUUCGGUAACUACACAUACCCAGUGAUGCAAGACUUCCUCCGCGCGGCCGAGUCUCAGGGCAUCCCAGUCACCGACGACCUCCAGGAUCUGACCACCGGCCACGGUGCUGAGCACUGGCUGAAGUGGAUCAACCGGGACACCGGACGUCGCUCCGACUCUGCCCACGCAUACAUCCACAGCACUCGUCAACACUACGAGAACCUGCACCUGGCUGUCAACACCAAGGUUGACAAGGUCGUCUUCGAGGGCACCAAGGCCGUUGGAGUCCGAACUGUUCCCACCAAGCCAUUGCACCCAUCAGAGAACCACUCCCGCACAUUCCGAGCACGUCGGCAAAUCAUCGUAUCUGGCGGCACACUCAGCUCACCUUUGAUCCUCCAGCGCUCUGGUAUCGGUGAUGCUCAGAAGCUCCGCAAGGCUGGUGUCAAGCCAUUGGUCGACCUCCCCGGUGUUGGCCAGAACUUCCAGGACCACUACCUGUUCUUCUCUCUCUACCGUGCUAAGCCACACGUCGAGUCUUUCGAUGACUUCGUGCGGGGCGACAAGGAGGUGCAGGACAAGGUCUUCAACCAGUGGCAGCUCGAUGGCACUGGUCCAUUGGCAACCAAUGCCAUUGAAGCCGGUGUGAAGUGGCGACCAACUCAAAAGGAUCUCGACGACAUGGCUCGCUCCCCAUUCCCAGAGUUCAUCAAGGGCUGGGACAGCUACUUCAAGGACAAGCCAGACAAGCCAGUCAUGCACUGGGCUGUUGUCGCUGGCUGGUUCGGUGACCACAUGCACGUUCCACCCGGAAAGUACUUCUCCAUGUUCCACUUCCUGGAGUAUCCAUUCUCUCGUGGCUUCACCAACAUUGUCAGCCCCAACCCAUACGAGGCACCAGACUUCGACGCCGGUUUCAUGAACGACCGACGUGAUAUGGCACCAAUGGUCUGGGGUUACAUCAAGUCUCGUGAGACUGCACGCCGCAUGGACGCCUUCGCCGGUGAGGUUGCCAACAACCACCCAUUCUACGCCUACGACUCCCCAGCUCGUUGCCACGAUAUGGAUCUUGCCACCACCAACGCGUAUGCUGGACCAAACCACAUCACGUCCAACCUCGUCACUGGUGCCUGGACCAACCCACUCCCAGCUCCAAGCAGACAACCAGAGCCAAGCUUCCUCAACUCCAACCAGCAGGCACUCCACGACGACUUGCAGUACAGCCGCGACGAUCUCCUCGCCGUCGAGGAGUGGGUCAAGCGCCACACCGAGACCACCUGGCACUCCCUCGGUACCUGCUCCAUGGCCCCACGCGAGGGCAACUCCAUCGUCAAGCACGGUGUCUUGGACGAGCGCCUCAACGUGCACGGCACCAAGAACCUUAAGGUUGCCGAUUUGUCCAUCUGCCCCGACAAUGUCGGCUGCAACACUUACUCCACUGCCCUCCUCAUUGGUGAGAAGUGCGCUGUUCUCACUGCAGAGGAUCUUGGCUACACUGGUCGUGCUCUCGAUAUGAGAGUUCCAGACUACCAGGUCAACCGCGAGAUUGUGGGAUUGUCUCGCUUGUAAGAAAAUUAUUUUUCACGAGUGGGGUUUGAGCUAUCGCUGCUGCUGUUGGUGGUGGUGACGGUGGUGAGGACCUUGGCUCGGACGACGAUUUAUGAGUGUGGCCUGUCUCGAAAAGUUGAAGAUGUUGUUGUAAUUGAGAUUGUGUCCACCGUGUACUUCAAUAACAAUAUCUUGUUGUGCCUUUCCCA